AUGACGGGAAUGGCCUUUGCCCGGGUGAAGUACCUCGAUGACGCUGCACAGUUGGUCUCAUCAGCUUCUCCAUCGACGUCCGCUUUUCUUCAAGCUCGUAUUGAUGGACUGGUGAGUGGACGUAUAAGCUCGAACGCUGCUCAAGAAUUGAGCAAUGAUGAAAAGGCUCACUAUACGACACUAUCGAUUCCCAAGGAUAGACACUUGGACGUAUGUGCUUCAUGCGGCUUCCCCUCUUUGGCCACCUCGUUGAGGGUCGAGAGUAGGAGACGCUCAAAGUCUAAGCAGACACGCAUUUCUUCCACGGCAGAGAAACGCGUCUUUGUUGAAUGCCCAAGCUGUGGUGCGAAGGCAUUCCACACCCUACCAAAUCAGCCGAAGAAGCGGAAGUCUGGGGCGGAGCCAACAUCUGCGGACGAAGCCUCAAUGCGGAAAGCACUCUCAUCAAAACCUGAGCAGGCAGAGGCAGAGCUCUCAAAAUCGUCUGAGACUCCAAGGACAAGCAAUCGAAAAAGGACGAAGAGCGGAAAGGGUAAUAGCCUGUCGGCUAUUCUAGCUAGAAGCAAGCAACAAGCUGCUCAUUCGAGCCAAGGAUUUGGACUCGAUCUCAUGGAUCUCAUGAAAAGCAUCUAA